CUUCAGAAUGCCGUAAAGCAUACACUGCAUAUUAAACGUAGCUACAACCAAUUAUUACAAUGAUAGCUGAUCCUGACCAGUUGAUGCAAAAAGCUGCCAAAAAGGCUAAUGGUAGUAGUGGCUUCGCCCUUUUCGGUGGUGGAAACAAAUAUGAAGAAGCAUCUGAACUCUUUUUGGAUGCUGCAAAUGGUUAUAGACUUCAAAAGCAGGGAAGUGCCGCUGGAUUCGCUUUCGAAAAAGCUGCCGAAAUGCAGUUGAAGACCGAUGAGAAGGAUGAUGCUGCUAAUACUUAUGUUGAGGCCUACAAGUCGUACCGUCGUGAAAAACCAAUGGAGGCUGCUCGUACUUUGCAGAUUGCGGUGGAUUUGUUCACCAGACGUGGUAAUUUCCGACGUGCUGCCAAUUAUAAAAUGGACUUGGGUACUCUGUUUGAACAAGAAUUACAGAAUCCCAAGGCUGCUCUUGCAUCUUACGAAGAUGCGGGUGAGUGGUACAUGAGCGAUCAAGCUGAAGCUCUUGCUAAUAAGGCGUACUUGAAGGUCGCCGACCUUGCAGGUCAAGCUGGUGAAUAUCCUAUUGCAAUUCAAAAAUUUGAAGAUGUAGCUCGUGCUAGUGUUCAAAACAGUCUUCUGAAAUGGAGCGUUAAAGAUUAUUUGUUGAAGGCUGGUUUCUGUUAUAUGGCCCAAGGCGAUGAGAUUGCUACUCGUAGUGCUCUGGAAAAAUUCAAUCAAAUAGAUCCUUCCUUUGCUACUACCCGUGAACAUCAAUUACUCGUUGAUUUGCAAACUUCCAUAGAGUCGUCUGAUGCUGAUAUGUUUGCCAGUCAGGUAUUUACUUAUGACCAAUUAUCCAAAUUAGAUGCCUGGAAGACUAAUAUUUUGUUGCUAAUUAAAAACAAUAUCCAAGAGGCUGAGGAUGACUUGACUUAAAUAACGCAUUUACCGCUAAUUAAUAUCGAACUCGAUAAAAAAGCUGUAUUCUUAACUACACGCUUGUUCAUGUUCUCUUACUUUUGGAAUGCCUUUUCUUUACAUGCUUAGCUAUAUAAAUCAAUAAGCGUCGUACGAACAAUCCGUUUAUUGACUCGCUUUGAUUGCUGUUUACACAUUCAAGGAGUUUACUAUUAAGGGCAAUCUUUGCCUAUGUUUCGAAUCCUACUGGCAUUCGAAAAACUGGAUUAUAUUAUGUAUAUUUAA